AUCGCACUUACCAAAACCAAUCGCACAAUAUUUGCGAUUUUCCCAAAACAGCCCAAUAAAAUUUUGUAUGCGGCGGUCCUGACCCAGAGACUCGCCUCUCGUCUCUCGCGCCGCCGCCUCUCUGGUCUUAGCUAUUUCAACAAUCCCAGAAAUAACACAAGCCAAUUCGCACAGAGAGAAAGAGAGAGAAAUGGCGGACAGCUCCGGUUACAAGGAGUACGUUGCGGGCUUGAUCGCCGGCGUGGCCACCGUUGGAAUCGGCCAUCCCUUUGACACCGUCAAGGUUAAGAUGCAAAAACACAACACUUCAGCACACGGGAUUACGUACAGGAAUAGUUUGCAUUGCACUGCAAGGAUACUAAGGACUGAAGGCAUUAAAGGACUUUACAGAGGGGCGACAUCAUCUUUUGUGGGGAUGGCUUUUGAGAGUUCAGUUGUUUUCGGCAUGUAUUCCCAGAUCAAACAGUCACUGCAGGGAAGUGCCCAAGGUGCAGGUCCACAGCCGAAGGUCAUAAUUCCAUCUGCAGCUUUUAGUGGAUCAGUCAUCAGUUUUAUAUUAUGCCCCUCGGAGCUGGUGAAGUGUAGGAUGCAAAUUCAAGGCACAGACUCUGUGGUCCCAAUGUCUAGAAGAUAUGGCAAUCCUCUUGAUUGUGUCCUUACAACUGUGAAAAAUGAUGGGGUUAGAGGAAUAUUUCGAGGAGGUUUUACGACAUUGUUAAGAGAAUGUAUUGGAAAUGCGGUCUUCUUCAGCAUUUAUGAGUAUGUCCGCUAUCACAUGCAUUUACAAUUGAAAUCUGCUUCAACUGACCACAGAAACUUGAUUGACGUGGGAGUUGGGAUUGCUAGUGGUGGCCUUGGUGGUAUAGCAUUUUGGUUGGCUGUUCUACCCUUGGACGUGGCAAAAACCAUAAUUCAGACGACUCCAGAUAAGAACGCAACAAGAAAUCCAUUUCAAAUCUUGAGCUUGAUUUACAGAAGGGCUGGAUUGAAAGGAUGCUAUAUUGGCUUGGGUCCUACUAUUGUUCGGGCUUUUCCUGCUAAUGCAGCAGCAAUCGUCACCUGGGAGUUGGCCAUAAAACUAUUAGGCAUCAAGCGCGACUAAGCAUUUCUCUACAAUAACCAAAUGCUUCCAACCUGUUUGGCAACUUUUAAACCGCAUUCAGCAAGAGAAAAUUCUUUCACUCAGAUGAACUCCAAGGGUGUUACUAUGCAUUGUUUUCUCGAUUUAAGGAGCUCGAACAUUUUUUCUACAAGAAAAUAUCAGAGAUUGGAGUGGUUUGUUGUGAGAUUUUUUUUGUAAUGAUUGUUGAAAAGUUUGUAUCAAGGAUUUCACAUGUUUUAUUGUAAUUUCUGUCAGCUGAAAUAGAAGUUUUUCUAACAAAGCAGCCAAGAAGUUUUCGUUGGUGUUUUUCUGU